GAGAUCUGCGCCCACGCUCUGUCACAGACCUCCCAACCGUCGCCGCGCGCAGACGCUUGAACCAAUAAUACUUAAACAUAAGAUACAACAAGCCAGAGGUCUCUAAAUCUAGUUUCUGGUCAACACCGACACAGCACCAUGACGUCUGUAGACUACGCAAAGGUCCCGAUCCUGGAGAAGGCUCUUCAUAAGCCGCCUUUGGAAGAGAUUGUCGACGUACUGUCGCGCGCUCUCAAGUCCAACUUCGAGUCGGUGGCCGUGUCGGCGGAGGUCAGCCCCGACCUCACACAGGAGCCCUACGGCCUCACCUCGCCAGGCCUGUGCGGUAACGAGAAGCUGAUAGAGCUCGGCGGCCCCCCGUACCUCGUGCCUUUGGUGCAGCGCGACAAGGUUUACGACCUCGCUGAACUGACCAAGCAGCAGCGCCGGGAUCCAGCCUUCCUGGCCGGUGCUGGGGCGGGACCGUGGCCCUACAUCGGGGUUAAUUGUGAGGGUAUAAUCAACCUGUCCGUCCGCAACGGCUCCGUAGAUCAAGGCACGAGGGUGGUAUCCGUGCACCCCGUGGGGGCAGCCAAGGGCAGCAGCGGCUACCAGCAGAGGAGGCUCCCUAACAAUGAAACCAGAACUGCGCUCUUGGGCAACUACCUCCUAUCAGAUGGAAGUCCCGGCAAGGUCAUAAAAGUGGUGGCUAAGAAGCGUAUUGGACAGGCCAACUUCAUCACCGCAAUCCGUGAGGCGCUUAAGCAGCACUACGGGGACAAAGUCGUAGGUCUCGGCGGCAUGUUCCUACUCCGCGCGGGCAAGGUGAAGCACCACGUGAUGCCAGAUUUCUCCAAGACUGCCCUCUGUUCCGACUCCGAUGUUGAUAACUGGCUGCACUAUUUCGAGAUGCGCGCCCCCAUCACUCAUGUGGGUACCAUGGUUACCGGAGACUUGGACCUGGACCUCCGCGUGCAGCACUUCCACGGCUGGGGCCCGCACGGCGACGGCGGUCACUACCACUACGACACGACGCCCGACUCGGUCGAGUACGAGGGCUACUUCACCGUCGCCUCCAGCGUCGUGCGCAUUGACGCGCCUACCGUCACUCACAACAUGGGCCGCGACUAACAUAAUCCCUCACACUAACAUACGUUACUAUAUGGACACGCUAACCAAAAUGACUGAGGUCAUGUUCCGGCGGUUCCGGAGCAUCCUGCCGUAUUCUAGACAGGUGUCAAUCGUUCACGCUCCUUUGUUUAGUGUAGUUAUCUCUCUCUACCAUACUGUGGCCCUAGUGAAAAAGGGUACGUCUCUGGCAGUUUAGGUGUAUAAGGGCAUAAGUGUUACGUGGAACUUACACCCCUUUACACCUGCGCUGCCAGAGACUUGUACCCUUUUUCACUAGGGCCACAGCAUUCUUCCAUAUUAGUAUUAUUAGUGCGACAGAGACAGUUGUGUUUUAUUCGCUACGGAGCGUUAACGAUUGGCAUCUUGUCUACGCACACAGACGACGCAACGGAGUCACACUGUUACGUCGUCGCCCAAAUCGAACUAAAGAAAAUACAUUGAAUGGUUUGUAAGUAAAUAUUCCUUCUCGUGCACCAUAAAGCUAAAAAAUACACAGGAAACGAAAUACAAGUUUAAGUUUAGGUAACAACAGGCGGUGUUAUCGCUAAAAAGCGAUCUCUGCCAAACAACCUUCGGGUAGCAGGAAAAUUAAGUACUUACCACUUUGAUUUGUCUGAACCUUAUAAGGUUAGCGUGAGUAGUAUUUUUCCUCUUAUCGCUCGAUUAUUCCUUUCUGUUGUAUAAAAAAAAACAUGUUAAAAUAAGG